UGUCGGCGGACAUAAACUUGGGUCGCAACAACGCUAGCAGCCAGCGACGGGCAGGAGUCUAGCAUCAACCUGUCUGUCUACACAGCAAAACGGAUGCAUGCAAUGUAUCGAUAUUGGAAAAAAGACGAUAAGACAGUACGAACUUACUUUUGGAAUAUACAUCGUUUCUAGAGAAAAACAUACCGGACUCACAGAGGACAAAAGGGGUGGACGGGAAAAUUAUAGACAAAGCCGAACGAGAAAGAGGCGAGAGUGAGACGGGGGAAUGCGGUGAAAAUAGACCCAGUUUGGAGUGGUUGGAAAUUUAUUUUCUUUCUUUACAUAUUCGCGAUUUUCUUAUUUAUUGGCGUGUCACAAUAAUUUUCUCCGAAGAGCUGUAGACACUUGAAAAUAUCUGUCUCGAAAGCAGCUUUUUCCCCCUUGACGCAUACAAAUACACAGUGUGAGAAGGAUAUUUGCUUUCCUUCCGGGGAGAUUGACAGGGGAAGGGAGAGAGGGAGAGACACAGACAAAAAAAAAAAAAAAAAGUCUAUCUUUCUCUCUCUCUCUCUUUCUCUUUUUUUCGUCUCCUGUCGGGCCGAUAGAUUGACCGUAAAAGACCCGGGAGAUUUGCCGCUUCGCUCAGAACCAAAACGAGCAGACCACAAACGCCCCCUUUGAGUCAUGACCUCCCCCUCUCCACCCCUCCCCUCCCCCUCGCCCUGCCCCCCUCCCCCUCCGUCAUCUCUCCCCUCGUCCCCCGCCCCGUCCUCCCCAGCGCCCUCCACCCUGCCCCCGCCUCCCUCCCUCCCGCCCACGGGGGAGGUGAUGAUCCUGGCCCUGGGCCGCAGGAAGCAGAGGGUGCUCCUCUGCCUCUCCGUCCUGCCCAACCUCUUCCUGUCGUUCCUGCUCUCCUCCGACCCCCUGCUCACGCUGUCCUCCCCGCACCACUGCCGGCUGCCCGUGCCCUCCCCGACGGCCCAGCUGCUGAACGCCUCCCUGCCCUGGGAGCACGGCCUCCGGGCGGGGCAGAAAGGCGGCUGGUCCCAGUGCACGCAGUACCAGUUCGUCAACGGCACGCAGGCCGGCGCGGUGGCCUGCGAAGACGGCUGGGAGUACAACGUCACCGAGGGGCUGAGGAACAACAUCGUGACCGAGUGGGACCUGGUGUGUGGGCAGUACUGGAUGGUGCCUGUGGAGGAGGUCUGCUUCAUCCUGGGGAUCCUAACAGGGUGCCUGCUCCUGGGCUAUGCUGCUGACAGGCUGGGCAGGCUGAAGACUCUGCUCACGUCCCUCACGCUCUCGGUUAUUUUUGGAGUGCUGGUGUGCGUCUCUCCCUCGCCCUCCGUCUUCAUCAUCACACGGUUCUGCCUUGCGGCCUCGACCGCCGGAGUCUACCUCACGCUCUACAUCACACGUCUGGAACUUUGCGACCCAUCGCUAAGACUCCUGAUCACCAUGGUAGCAGGCCUAACGACGGUUGCCGGGGAGCUGCUGUUGCUCGGUGUAGCCCUGGGGUGCCAGUCCUGGAGGGGACUGCUCGGAGCGGGGACUGCACCUCUCUCUCUCUUCCUGAGCUAUGGAGUGCCGGGCGUGUUCCCCGAGUCUCCCCGCUGGCUCCUCCUCACGGAGAGAUCCUCCGACCUGCACUCCUUCAGCGAGCGGAGAGAGAGAGAGCGAGAGCGGGAUGAUGAAAGCUUUACAGAGCUGGAUUCUGAGCCACCGUCGUCGUGCCGACCACACCUCUCCUUCCCUGAGCUGCUGCACAGCAGAAACAUCUGGAAGAACGUGUGUGUGCUGGGCUUCACCUCGUUCAUCUCACACGGAAUCAGUCACUGCUACAGCUCGUUCCGGCGUGAUGUGAAGGGCACCUCCCCCAGCUUCUAUUGGACGUACCUGCUGUCCGUCUGCGCGGGCGGUGCCGCCUGGCUGUUGCUAUGGGCGACCGUGGACAGGUGCGGUCGCCGUGGCAUCCUGCUCCUCGCCAUGACGAUGACGGGCCUGGCCUCGCUCAUUCUGCUGGGGCUCACCGAGUAUCUGAGCGGGUCGGCCAUCACCGUGUUCUCCGUGCUCGGGCUGUUCUCCUCACAGGCUGCCGCCUCCCUCUGCAUCCUCUUCACCGCCGAGGUCAUCCCCACGGUCAUCCGGGGCAGUGGUGUGGGCCUGGUUCUGGGCCUGGGCUGCGUGGGCCGCCUCAGCUCCCCGCUCAUGGACCUGUGGAACCACUACGGCUACUUCCUGCACCACGUGGUGUACUCGUCCCUGGCCCUGCUGGCCGUGCUGUCCAUCCUGCUGCUGCCCGAGAGCAAGCGGAAGCCCCUGCCCCAGACGCUGGCGGACGGCGAGCAGUACCGGCGCCCCCCGCUGGGCCGGAGGAGAAGGGACAACGUGCCCCUGCUGGCCACGCCCAACCCAGAGACCUAGCGCCCGCCCGCGCGCGCGCGCUCUUCCGCCCCGGCCGUCCGACAGAGAGCCGCCCACUCCCGCCGCGUGGCGCAGAGAGCGCCGAGCUCCGCCGCUAGGCAACGCACACAGUCUACUUCUGAUACUUCUGGUAACAUAUCACAUUCUAGUCUUUAAUAACACUAAUGGGGGGGGUCAUGCAUCGUUCAUGGUGUGUCAGUUCAGCUGUGCGGCGCCGGAGUACCUCAGUGGUACCAGUAGCUCGUAGAGAGAGAGCUCACAGCGACACCUUCUCACACCUCACGCACACCCGCUGACCCUCCCUCGGUGCGGACAGGGCUAUAACCCCCGUCUGUACACGCCAUGCCUCAGAGGUUAACACUGCUGCUUUUUACAACAUCGCCCCCCCUAGUGGAGCCUCACCGAUAUACAUAUCACAGAACGCGUCAAGAGAAAUGUACAUAAAGAGCAUGGAGGGUGGGGGGGGGGUCAACUUUCCCCAUCGCCGGAAAACACUCCCAAGGGCAACGGCAGGGAGAUUACGUUGUGUAAAUACGGUAGACAUAGCCCCCCGGUUCAUGAGCGAUAACUCAUCCAGUAGAAAUACUGUGUCCACAACACGCAGUUCCCCUUCUGAUGCUGCAGGAGAUGGAUACACAGGCUCACACAGAGUUUUACUGCAGGUGCCGUGUACAGGGCUGAGCUGAUAGACGCUAAAGGUAACUGGGCUGUUCUGAUUUGCUGAGGUUCUCUAUGCCACAAUUUACAGUCUAAGCAUCAGAAGGCUGUAACACCUAGAGCUAAAACAGGAUCACCUUUGAUACCGUUUCACAUAUCAGGAGUGGGGGAGAAACAUUAAUACACAAUCUUUUGAGAUUUGAGAUUUUCUAGGCUCUUACAAUACAGGCGUUCCCCUGUGUUUCUAUUCCAUACUCUGUACUACAUACUCUGUGAGAUUUGCUCUCCAUAAAGUGGACCUUAUGAUAUGAACAAGCAGACUUAGCGUACCGUAGAGGGCAUAUUUCCAGAGCAGAGAGAGGUAGCCUUUUCCCAGAUCCAAACUCUGUGUAUAUCAAAUCGAUAUAUUUUCCUUAAAGUCUUAAAAAGUUUGCAUUUAAAAAAAAUCGUGUUAGAAAACCUAUUCUUGCUGAUUUCUUUAUUUGUUCUGCCAGCAACAGUUGGGUUGGAUGGAAAUAAAUGAUGAUGUCAUUGGUACCGGCCUGAUGCUGUUGAAAUUAAUAACACUUAAUUGCCAAAUGCUGGUAACCAACGACAGAAUUUUAAGGAGUGGAAUAUGCACAGUGGAGCGGCAGGAAAUGACAGCAUAUUUAUUAGGUUGGUUUGCUACAUGCUACGUGUGUCUGAUUUGGUUAUAAAGCCCUCCCCACUUCUCCUUGAUCAGACUGUUAUCGGUCAGUAUAGAUACUGCCUAGUUCUCUUCUGAUAGGUUGAGUUUGUGAAAUGGCGUCUCAUUGAAACUCAAGAGUUCUUGUCUGUCCUCUGUCAUAGAAAGAAGAAAGCUGUGACGAAUGUUACAGGGGGGCUGGGCUAUGGUGGUCUUCUGGCUCGUUAUACAAAUGUAGCUAAUCUGUUUGCUAGCUAGCUCACCUUGUCUGAGGUUGCAUUCAAUAGCCUGAUAAAUGCAUGUCUGACAAUGAGCUGUUUUAGCUAUACGAUUUAAAUAAGUGCAAUUUAAAAUAUAUUUAACUGGACAAAACCUUCGCUAGGUGGUCAUGCCAGUAAAUAAUGGUAUUUACCGUGGCAAUACACCGGCUAUUUAAGCUAUUAAUGUUUACCAGGAUUAACUCUGCCUCAGAGUAAAGAACCUGGGUCACUGCCUUCUCAUUGUGAAAUUCAAAUUGACUAAAAUCCCUACUGUAGUUAUUUAUUUUAUUUUCUACAAAAUCAGAUUAUGAUUGUGUCUUUUCAAAUAACAGCUGUGUGGGGAGACUAGGACUUUUAAGAGAAAACAACGGUGCAAAAAUGCAGCGUGUGUGGAGGUUCGGUUUUUUUUCCGAACCCGUCGGUAUAGUCAAGCGAAUAGUACAUGUAACCCUGGAAAGUUGUAACACAUUUUGCCUCGUCACUUGAAUCGUACACAGCUGGAGGUUAGGCUGGGUUGUCCUUUGAACGCAUCCAAGCUCCCCUCUAGAAGAAACAAUUUGAAGCAUAUCGAGACAGCCUGGAGACUGUCGUAUGGACUGAAGGUAUAAUAUGAAUGUAUAGGUUGAGUUGGGAGGUUAAUGGUGUGUCACCUAUCCUUAUUGAGUUCUCUUUCUGUCUUCAUUAGUUAUAUUUUCAUGCACUCAUGUUCUCGAAAUGGUAAUUAUAAUAAAUAACGAUGACAUCAGUAAUAAAAUGUAUGACUCCAAUGGUUAUUGUUAUAUUAACUAUGAAGCAAGUGAUGUAAUUAUGUUAAUAAUUCUCUGAUCUGACUUAAUUGAAAAUAAACUGUAGAAAAAUGA